GACCAGCGGGAAGAACAAGAAGCUGCAGCCGUUGCACUACACAGCAGCCCAGCUGUUUGAGAAGGGGGUGCUGCUGGAGAUCGAGGACUUGCCGCUCGGCCAGUUCAGGAACGUGAUUUUUGACAUCAUCCCCUGCGAGGAAUCGGGCAAGUUCCAGGUGAAAGCCAAGUUCAUGGGCAUCGACAUGGAGAAGUUCCAGCUUCACUACCAGGACCUGCUGCAGCUGCAGUAUGAGGGUGUUGCUGUCAUGAAGAUGUUUGACAAGGCCAAAGUCAACGUCAACCUGCUCAUUUUCCUCCUCAACAAAAAGUUCUUCAAGAAGUAA